CCCACCGCUUCUUCUCGAGCCACCACCAUCCCCGCGCUCUCACAGGAAAAGAUAAUCAUGCCUUCUCUCCGUCUUGGGAACGUAGCGCCCGACUUUGAGGCAGAGACGACGCAGGGGCCGAUCAAGUUACAUGAGUGGAUUGGGAACUCUUGGGCAGUCCUCUUCUCCCACCCCGCGGACUUCACCCCUGUCUGCACUACCGAGCUUGGAGAGGUCGCUCGCAAGAAGCCAGAGUUCGACAAGCGCGGCGUCAAGGUUAUCGGCUUGUCUGCCAAUGCCCUCGACAGCCACGACAAGUGGAUCAAGGACAUUGAUGACUUUGGCUCCAAGACGUCUGGUGCGACGCAUGUCGACUUCCCUAUCAUCGCUGACCCCGACCGCACCGUCGCAACCCUCUACGACAUGCUCGACGCCGUUGACCCAACGAACGUGGACUCCAAGGGCAUCCCCUUCACCGUCCGCACGGUAUUCGUCAUCGACCCCAAGAAGAUCAUCCGUCUCAUGAUCUCCUACCCCGCCCAGACGGGGCGCGACUUCAACGAGAUCCUCCGUGUGAUCGACUCCCUCCAGGCUGGGGACAAGUACAGGAUCACCACCCCCGUCAACUGGAAGAAGGGCGACGACGUCAUCGUCCACCCCGGUGUGAGCAACGAUGAGGCUAAGACCCUCUUCCCUGGCAUGAAGACUUACCUGCCUUACCUCCGCAUGACGGAGGAUCCCUCUGCAAAGGCGUGA